AUGCUUGUUCUCUUUCUGCUGAGCACAAUCUUUCUGCUCUGCCCAUAUUGGGGUGAACUUCAUGACCGUGUAGAAGCGACUGAAAUAAUGUGUUAUAAAUGUAAAAAAUAUCAUCUCGGGUUAUGCUAUGAUGUCAUGUCAUCCUGCUCCCUGAAGCCUAAACAGUCCUGUGCAGUUGAGAACUUUUACGUCCUUACAGUUACAGGGCAGAGCCUGUAUCAUUAUUCAAAACUGUCGUGUAUGACCAACUGUGAGGACAUCAACUUCUUGGGGUUCUCGAAGAGGGCAGAGCUCAUCUGUUGUAAUCAUAGUAACUACUGCAACCUCCCUGAGGGAGUUUAGCUCUGUGUAUCUCCUGGAUUUGGGGUUCUUUUUCAACCACUACCCUUUUUUUCCUCUUCCCUGAACCUGAAUUUUGCUCUCUUCUUCUAUGCAAUGGUAGAGAGUGAGAAAGCCAGC